CAUCGCCUCAUCGGCUUCAACACCUGCCUGGCCCAGAUGUUCUUCCUGCACUCCUUCUCUGUGGUGGAGUCCUCAGUGCUCCUGGCUAUGUCAUUUGACCGCUUUGUGGCUAUCUCCAAUCCCCUACGCUAUGCAGCUAUCCUCACAAAUAAUGUCAUCAUCAGGAUUGGCAUGGCCAUCGUGGCCCGUGCUACCUUGUGCCUCUUCCCUGUGCCAUUUUUGAUUAAGCGUCUAAACUUCUGCCCUGGAAAUAAAUCCCUGUCCCAUUCGUUCUGUUUUCAUGCUGAUGUGAUGAGACGGGCCUGUGCUGACAUCACCAUCAACAUACGCUAUGGGCUCUUCGUGGUUCUGUCCACGUGUGGCAUAGACUCCCUGCUCAUAAUCCUGUCCUAUACUCUCAUCCUGCACACAGUCAUGGGCCUAGCCUCUCCCAGGGAGCGAGUUCGGGCCCUCAACACCUGUGUUUCUCACAUUCUGGCUGUAUUUGUCUUCUUUAUUCCAGUUAUUACCAUGUCUAUGAUCCACCGUUUUGGAAAACACCUGCCCCACAUUGCACAUGCUCUUAUUGCCUAUGUGUACCUGAUGGUGCCUCCUGUGCUCAACCCCAUCAUCUACAGUGUGAAAUCUAAGCCCAUCAGGGAGGCCAUGAUCAGUGUGCUGAAAGGGAAGAGGCAAAGCUGA